UUCCUCAUAUUUUAUUUUAUUUUAUUUUUUUAUUUUUUGCCAUUUCUUCUCCCGAAAAAUGAAACUUUGGACAUCACCCUGGGUGUCUUGCCUGGUGAUUCUCAUCUUGUGUUUUGGAUCAGAGUGCGGGAUAGUCCGGAAAAAGGGGAGAUCCAAGAGGGAGUUGGUGCGCAUUAGGGAGGCGAAAGCCACCAUCCCAGGGGCUUGUGCCACACGUCUGCCCCGGGGCAAACGCUCUUUGCCCGGCUUGGAGCGACGGGUGCUUCGGCAGCGCCGGCGCUCCUCUCAAGCGGAGGGAAACUCACCAGACCGAGGGAAAGCUGUCUAUUUUACCGGCAGGGGAGAUCAGCUACGGCUGAAGCCUGGCGUGGAGAUACCCAGAGGCAAUUUCACUGUGGAGAUGUGGAUCAAACCGGAGGGAGGUCAACGAUCGCCUACGGUGAUCGCAGGCCUUUACGACAAAUGCUUUUAUGCCUCCAGUGACCGAGGCUGGCUGCUUGGCAUCCAGGCGGAUAGUGAAUACGGCGACCGCGAUCCCCGCUUCUUCUUCUCCCUUAAAACUGACCGUGCCCACAAAGUGACCUCAAUGCGCUCCAACGCUCGUUAUAUACCAAACCAAUGGGCACAUAUUGCAAUCACCUAUGAUGGCGUGUACAUGAAGCUCUUCGUCAAUGGAGCCCAGGUCGCCGUUAGUCGAGAGCAAUCCGGCGAUGUCUUCAGCCAUUUGACCCAAAAGUGCAAAGUGCUGAUGAUUGGGGGCAAUGCACUCAAUCAUAAUUACAGGGGGGCAGUGGAAAGGGUGAGUCUAUGGAGGGAGGCCCGAGGGCAGAGGCAUAUCAUCAGGGAUAUGCAAGGCCAAGAGGACCCCCAAGAUCUACCUAAGCUGAUAAUUCGUGAAACAUUUGAGCACCCAGGUCGUAAGUGGCUGACUGUAAAAGAUGGUAGUUUUCCUCAGCCUGAGCACAGAAGAGGUGCGAGGUCAGGGUUUGUGAAUGGUGGUGGAAAUGGAAAUGCUGAGGGAUUCCUGGACACAAGCUUGGAACCUCCAACUUGUGGUCAAACUGUCUGUGACAACGUUGAGGUCAUUCGAAACUACAACCAACUUUGGACCUUCCGCCGACCAAAGAAAGUUCGAUAUCGUGUUGUAAAUAUUUGGGAUGAUGCAAGGACAAGGCCAACUGUGUCAGACCACCAGAUCAUUCUGCAGCAUCAGCAGCUUAAUGACGCCUUCAGCCCCUAUAACAUAACCUGGGAGCUUAGCAUUCACAACGUGACCAACUCUUCUCUACGCAACCGCCUGAUCUUAGCUAACUGUGACAUCAGCAAAAUUGGCGAUGAUCAGUGUGACCUAGAAUGCAACCAUCCGCUAACAGGAUUUGAUGCAGGCGACUGCAUAUCUAGAUAUCGAAACAGCUGCCCUGAACACAAGCAGGGUAAUGGUAUAUGUGACCCUGAGUGUAACUGGGAAAACUUCUUCUAUGAUCUUGGCGACUGCUGCAACCCCAAUGUGACAGACGUGACCAAGACAUGCUUCAACCGUUCCUCUCCACACAAAGCCUAUUUGGAUAUGAAAGAGAUCAAAGAGAUUUUGCAGUUGGAUGGCUCAACUCACCUGAAUGUUUUCUUUGCCAAUUCUUCUGAUGAAGAUCUGGCAGGGGUUGCCACAUGGCCCUGGGACAAAGAAGCCCUCACACACUUGGGUGGAAUUGUGCUGAAUCCUUCCUUCUACGGCACAUUUGGUCACACUGACACAAUGGUCCAUGAGAUUGGUCAUAGCCUCGGCCUUUACCACGUGUUUCGAGGUGUGUCCGAGACUGAAUCAUGCAAUGAUGCGUGCUUGGAGACUGAGCCCUCAAUGGAGACUGGGGACUUGUGUGCAGACACCAAACCCACUUCCAAAUACAAAGGCUGCAGCGAUCCUGAACCAGGCAAUGAUACUUGUGGCAUCCGUCAUUUCACGCAUACACCGUUUAACAAUUACAUGAGUUAUGCAGAUGAUGCUUGUACAGACUCUUUCACAAUGAACCAGGUGGCUAGGAUGCACUGCUACCUGGACCUCAUCUAUCAGACCUGGCAGCCUGCUUCCAAACCUCCUCUGGUGCCAAUGGCUCCUCAGGUGGUUGAGCAGCAUCAUAAUUCCAUCACCCUGGAAUGGUUUCCACCAAUUUCCGGACAGUUUUAUGACAGAGAAGUGGGAUCAGUGUGUGACAAAUGCACUGAAGGGAGAGUCCUACUACAGUAUGCAUCAAACUCGUCUUCUCCACGACCAUGUGAUCCAUCUGGUCACUGGUCCCCUCGAGAGGCUGAAGGCCCUCCUGAUGUGGAGCAGGCUUGUGAACCAAGUGUGCGUACCUGGAGCCCUCAUUCAGCAACCGAGCAAGACAUCGUUGGCCUGCCAGAGUGCCCUUUACAGGGCUGCAUGCUUCAGCUAGAGUUCGCCUACCCACUGGUACCUGACUCCUUGACUGUGUGGGUUACAUUUCUUAGCCGCGAGGAAACAGCGCUGCCUGCGAUCCAUAACAUCUUGCUGCUGACCGUCAGUGGAAACAACAUUUCACUGGGUCCCAGCAAUGUUUUCUGUGAUACCCCGCUCACUAUGAAGCUGGACAUUGAGGAAGAGGUGUAUGGGGUACAGUUCUACACUAUGGAGCAUCAUCUGGAGAUCGACGCCACUCUCUUGACAUCCAAGCCAGACUAUAAACUCUGCAACCAUUGCCAGCCUUUACGCUACCGCCUGUUGCGUCAGCCACCCUUCACACAUGCCCCCAACGGUCUGCUGCUGAAUGAACCUACCCACCGAUAUACAGAUAGGGAUGUGAUACCACAUGCUACGUAUACUUACCAGGUCCAAACAAUCUCCAGGCAAAGUGAGAGUGAGCCAUCUCCACCUUUGGUGCAUCAACUUGGGGCACCCUAUUGUGGUGAUGGUCGCAUCCAAAGUUCCAAAGGAGAGGAAUGUGACGAUAUGAACUUUAUGAAUGGGGAUGGCUGUUCUAGUCAGUGCAAGAAAGAGCCAUUCUUCAAUUGUGUUGAGGAGCCAAGCAUGUGCUACUACUAUGACGGUGAUGGGGUAUGCGAGGAUUUUGAGCGAGAGACAGGUGUGAGAGACUGUGGCCUCUAUACCCCCAGUGGUUUCCUGGACCAGUGGGCUUCCUCUAUUGAAGUUUCCCAUGAAGAAAAGCCCUAUUGUUCUGGUGAAGUUGCUGCUGGAUAUCCCGCUGUGACUAAGACAUGUCAAUCCAAGGUGUUUGAUCUAUCUGAUGGAGUGUCGCAGUACGCAUGGUUCCCCUGUCGAGUGGCUGAUUCAGCCUGGGGAUAUUAUACAUACUGGCUCAAGGCCCACUUUUCUCAUCCCAUGGUGGCAGCAGCAGUAAUUAUACACUUGGCUGCUGAUGGGACUGGCUUCAUUGAUCAGACACAAUGUAAUAUUACUGUUCAACUGGUGGACACCAAAGAGGGGAUCCAUAGCCUAGGUGAGUGGCGUCUAAGCUGUCGCACAAACCCUUUGGUCAUCCCAGUGAGUCAUGACCUGUCAGUGGCCUUUUACCACACCAAGGCUAUCCUGGUGAUGUUUUCCUCUCACCUCGUGGCCAUCUCCGGCGUAGCCCUGCGUUCCUUCCAGUCUUUUGACCCCAUCACAAUAAGUGGCUGCCAAAGCAAUGAGAUCUACAACCCCACAGGACAGAGUUGUGUACAUUAUUCGUGUGAGGCCAUUGACUGCCAGGAACCCCGGAUCCGCAAUGCAGAGCAGUGCAGUAGCCCUGGCCACCACUUCUACAAUGGAGACCGCUGCACCAUCUCCUGCAACUCUGGAUAUGUCCUGCAAGUCCACCAGGACGAUGACAUCAUCAAGAGUCAGUCAGAGACUUCAGUAACAAUAACUUGUGCAAAUGGGAAGUGGAACAAACAGGUAUCAUGCGAGCCUGUGGACUGUGGUUUACCAGACAAGUAUCAUGUUCAUCCUGCCAUUUUCAACUUUCCAGAGGGCACUACCUAUGGCAAAAAGAGCACAUUUCAGUGUCGAGAACCUGCCCAGCUAAUGGGUACAAACAACACGCUUACCUGCCUCGAGGAUGGUCUAUGGUCCUUCCCAGAGGCUCUAUGUGAGCUUCGUUGCCCAGCCCCUCCUCUUGUACCCAAUGCUGUGCUGCAGACAAAACGUUGCCAGCAGUCAGACUUAAAAGUUGGCACACUCUGCAAGUACAAGUGCAGGCCAGGCUACCAUGUUACCAAUAAACCCAAGCGGCGUGCAUUCAAACGCCAGUGCACAGAAGACGGCACCUGGCUCGAGGGAUCUUGCGAGCCCGUGACUUGUGAUCCUCCACCUCCGAUCUUCCAUGGCUCCUAUAACUGUACCAAUGGGUUUCGUUUUGACAGUACCUGCACCCUAAACUGCUCUGACCCUGCUGGUAAUACUGCUAUCGCCGGCACAGGACGCUCUGCCCAUACGGGCAAAGGGUCCAAUGAGAUCCGCUGUCGAAAAGAUGGGAAUUGGACAGGGUCGUUCCGCCUGUGCCCACACAGCCAAGGCCAGUGUUCUUUACCUCAAAACCUCCAUUAUAGCCUGCAAUACUCAUGCAAACGAGGACACGGCAUAGGUGAGGAGUGUGAGCUGACAUGUAGAGAGGGGAACAACGAUGUUGUGAUCCUCCCUCACAAUAUGACCGUAGGAAAAGUAAUGAAGGAGCACUGGAGAAAUCCACCUAAGUUGAAGAGUAUUAUCUGUACAAUGGGGCUGAAAUGGUAUCCACACCCAGAAUUCCUCCACUGCAUCAAAGGAUGUGAGCCAUUCAUGGGAGACAACUACUGUGACUCAGUAAACAACAGAGCCUUCUGUAACUACGAUGGAGGAGACUGCUGCCAAUCGACUGUCAAGACUAAAAAGGUGAUUCCAUUCCCAAUGUCCUGUGACUUACGAGAUGAGUGUUCCUGUCGGGAUCCCAAUGCUGUAGAGAACAGAAAGGAUGAGCAUGUCCACUACCUGGGGUGACCAACCUUAGCAAGGACCCUUUGUUCAACAACCUAGGACCCUUUCCCCAACACCACAUAGCCAAAGUGGCUGAGGCAGACUCUCCUUCAUCCUCUUCUUGGCCUUCGAUUUCCUGCACAUGCUGCUUACAAGGCAUACCUCUCCAUCCAUCCAUACUGCAACCCCAACCUGCUGAAAUGCCUCCAUCUCUCCACAACCGAAACAUACAGAAAAGAAGAUGGGACUCCAUAAUACCUUCAUUUUUCAGCUUAAAGGAAAGUAACCCCUGCAAUACAUUAAAUCAUUAAAGUACACAUUAAGCAAAGCAAGAAA